AUCACACUCAGUUCUUAUUAGAGAUGAUGAAGGUUGUGUUUGUUUGUUACCUAUUGCUGCUUGUGAAAUACAGUCAAGCUGAAUUGGUUUCGCACAACUUUGAUGGUGUGCUCUGCGAGGCUUACAAUAAGACCGUCACCAGUGAUAAGCUGAUAGAAGCUGAUUAUUGGACAUUUGCGAACAAUGACACACUUUGUGAAAACAAUAACAGUUUUAUCAAGGGCUUACAAGUAAGUAUAAAGUUACAAGUUAACGAGAACAGCCAUGUGACAUUUUCUUUGGAAGGCGACACUCAAACAGUGCGAUUACCUCAAAAGAUUAGUGGGUUCAGUUCACAGUUCAAUGAGACCAACCUGACAUAUACUUUCAAUUCAAUGCAAAAUGAGUCAUUUUUUUCAGAUGUAUUGACUGUUUAUGUCAUACCUUUUCAUCUUUAUUCUAUUAGCUAUGAGCUAUUGGUUGAGCCAAUACCAGGAUUUGAACUUAUGAUUGAUUCUCCAUUAAGUUUUUCUGUUGGUGCUAACUCUCCUGCAGUAUAUUACUAUCAAUUUCCCAGUGAUAUUGAUCAUGUGCGAUUGAGAGUAAAGUCACCUAGAGGCAGUAAUAACUGUGCUCUUGUAUCUGUACGUACAACAUUUUCUUUUGAUUUGUCCAACGCUAAUGUCAUGACUGAUAGGGAGGGAGUCAUUUAUCAAACAAUGUCGAAUCUUUCAUCUAUAUUUGUUAGUAAAAAGAAAUAUUCAGAGUUCUAUGUUGUGGUGGCAUUGAAGCCACCAUCAGGCUGUAUCACUGGAGCUGAUGAUGACUCCGACGAUGAGCAUCAUCAAUAUUACACCAUCAGCGUUUCAGAAGAAAACACUGCGACUGCCUACAAAUUUGCUAUUUCUUUUCCUGUUAUAUUAUUUGUUAUUAUCGGGGCCGUUACUAUCUCCAUUUUCUCUUGUUCUUGUUGUUGUCACAAGACUGUUACAUUUCGACCACUUUUUUGUUUAAAGAAGCCAAUCUUGCCACCCCCUAUUCAAAAUGAGCACCCCACGACAGUGACUGAUGAAGAUUCAGAGCUUAUAGAAUCUACGGAUUAUAGGAACCCAAAUCUUAUUGAAGGAGGAUAUAGCUAUAAGAAAGUUUCUAGUAUUAUCAAAAAAACCGAAUUAAAAGGAUAUUAUUACGGAUAUUUAUGGAACAUUAUAACUGUUGGUAUAUUUUAUGGAUUGCCUGCCUUCCAGUUAGUGCUAGUAAAGCAGUUGUUGCUUGAUAAAGGUGGGAAUGAAGAUUUGUGCUACUAUAACUUUGAGUGUUCCAAACACUUUGGCUCGCUAAGUGCAUUCAAUAAUAAUUGGAGCAAUGUUGGUUACAUUAUUCUUGGAAUAUCAUUCCUCAUAAUAGUGGCUAUCAAAAAUCGCAAUGAAUAUAGACGUCGCAAGGAGGAAGUGGAAGACAAUAAUGAGGGUCUUGUUCAGUUUUUUGGUACCUAUUAUGCUAUGGGUUCUGCAUUGAUUGCUGAAGGCUUCAUGAGUGCUUUUUAUCACAUCUGCCCAAGUCAUUUCGACUUUCAAUUUGACACUGCAUUCAUGUUCAUUAUAAGUGGUCUCCUGAUAAUAAAUAUUAUACAAGCUCGUCACCCUCAUCUCUAUUAUAAUGCUUUUAUCUCGUUGCUCUGUUUUGCAGUCAUUGUCCUGAUAACAUUUAUUGGGAUUGUAGAAGAGUCCAGAAAUAAGCCAAAUAUUACUUUGGGGACAAAGCUUGUUCUUUUCUUCAUUUUUCUUUUGAUCGUUGCAUCUUUUAGUGUAACAUAUUAUUUUUAUCUUGGCUGUCGGAAGGACCAUUGCAUAAGUAUGAGAGAACUGCGAAAAAUCUUUAAUAAUCACUGUAGACCAAAACAUAAGGGACGAUUUAUUAAAGGAUGGAUUUUUGUUAUUAUGAAUGUUAUUGUUGGCAUAGUGUUUGUAGUUGAGGGCUCAACUGGUAUUGCGAGUAUUGUUUUGGCCCUGUUCAUUGCUAAUGCAUUGUUGUUAAUGGGAUUUUAUGUCAUAAGUAAAAUCUUGUAUUUGGAGAAAUGGACAGUUAAACCAGUAGUGUUCCUCAUUGCUGUGGCUGUAUCUUGGAGUAUGGCUUUUGCAUUCUACUUUAAUAAUGUAUCCCAAUGGGAAGAUACUCCUGCUGCUUCAAGGUCACUUAAUCACAAAUGUGUGCUUCUUGAGUUUUAUGACUAUCAUGAUAUUUGGCAUUUUCUUUCUGCAGCUGGAAUGUUCUUUGCAUUUCUGUUCUUACUGACUUUGGAUGAUGGUCUUUAUGAAACAGAAAGAGAAGAAAUUCAUGUUUUUUAAUAACAUUUUUAAAAAGCGAGUGAGUUAGAUAUUAUAUUAAUUGUAUCAGUUUUUUUAUUAUUAUAAAGUUUUGGACAUGUAGCUGUUAUUAUUGACUGAUAAUUUCUUCACCAUAUUUU